CUUCCCCAUCACCGCCGCUGAGCCCUCUCUGAGCUCCGGAUACGCCGGGCAGUGCCGGUGGGGAGGGCGGCCGAGACAGCGGAGUCCCCGCGCUGCUGCCCAGAGGGCUCCCGGGUGGGGGACCGCUUCCCCAUCCUUGUGCCUGGGGUGCAGAGGUGCCCACAUCCCCUCUGCCUCGUGACCGCGUGCUGCGGGAGCACUGGUGGGGCUGGUUGGGCGCACGGGGGCUUUGUAGGUGCUGCAGUUGUGCUCGGGGCCACGGCCUCCAGCCAGGGGGUCCCUGGGGGCUGAGGCCGGGGCCAUGUCGAUGCUGGCCCCCCUGCGCCUGCUGCGCGAGCCCUGGAACGCCAGUGAGGGCAACCAGAGCAAUGCCACGGCCGGGGCCGGAGGUGCCUGGUGCCAGGGGCUGGACAUCCCCAAUGAGCUCUUCCUGACGCUGGGGCUGGUGAGCCUGGUGGAGAACCUGCUGGUGGUGGCCGCCAUCCUCAAGAACAGGAAUCUGCACUCGCCCACGUACUACUUCAUCUGCUGCCUGGCCGUCUCCGACAUGCUGGUGAGCGUCAGCAACCUGGCCAAGACGCUCUUCAUGCUGCUGAUGGAGCACGGCGUGCUGGUGAUCCGCGCCAGCAUCGUCCGCCACAUGGACAAUGUCAUCGACAUGCUCAUCUGCAGCUCCGUCGUGUCCUCCCUCUCCUUCCUGGGGGUCAUCGCCGUGGACCGCUACAUCACCAUCUUCUAUGCGCUGCGCUACCACAGCAUCAUGACGCUGCAGCGCGCCGUGGUCACCAUGGCCAGCGUCUGGCUGGCCAGCACCGUCUCCAGCACCGUCUUAAUCACCUACUACCGCAACAACGCCAUCCUGCUCUGCCUCAUUGGCUUCUUCCUCUUCAUGCUGGUCCUCAUGCUGGUGCUCUACAUUCACAUGUUCGCGCUGGCGUGCCACCACGUGCGCAGCAUCUCCAGCCAGCAGAAGCAGCCCACCAUCUACCGCACCAGCAGCCUGAAGGGAGCCGUCACGCUCACCAUCCUGCUGGGAGUCUUCUUCAUCUGCUGGGGGCCCUUCUUCUUCCACCUCAUCCUCAUCGUCACCUGCCCCACCAACCCCUUCUGCACCUGCUUCUUCAGCUAUUUCAACCUCUUCCUCAUCCUCAUCAUCUGCAAUUCAGUGGUCGAUCCCCUGAUCUAUGCCUUCCGGAGCCAGGAGCUCCGGCGGACGCUGCGGGAGGUGGUGCUGUGCUCCUGGUAGGAGGCGGCACAGACAGGAGGAUGGAUGGAUGGAUGGAUGGACGGAUGGACGGAUGGAUGGAUGGACAAACAGAUGGGUGGAUGGACAGAUGGGUGGAUGGACAGACAGACGCACCGCGGGGUGUCCCCUGGGUGCCCCAGUGCAGCUGGGGUUGGGCUGCCUGGCCUCGCGCUCCCAAAUAAAGGCUCUUUGCAGUGA